AUGGCUUCCUCACCAAUUAACCCCAGCGGCCCCUACAGAUCCAUCUGCACCUGCCUCUCCAUCUUCCUCCUCCUCGCCGGAGUCACCGCCCUUACCCUCUGGCUCGUCUACCGCCCCCACAAACCCCAGUUCACCGUCGUCGGCGCCGCCGUCUAUGACCUCAACGCCACUUCCCCUCCCCUCAUCUCCACCACCAUGCAGUUCACCCUCGUUACCCACAACCCAAACCGCCGCGUGUCCAUCUACUACGACCGCCUCUACGCCUUCGUGUCGUACAAGAACCAGGCGAUCACACCACAGGUGGCCCUGCCGUCGCUGGUGCACGAGCAUCGGAGCACAGUGGCGGUGUCGCCGGUGCUGGGCGGCAGGGCGGUGCCGGUGUCGUUGGAGGUGGUGAACGGGCUGACGAUGGACGAGGCUUACGGCGUGGUGGGGCUGAGGGUGGUGGUGAUGGGGAGGCUGCGGUGGAAGGCCGGUGCGAUAAGGACUGCGCAUUAUGGGGUUUAUGUCAAGUGUGAUGUUUUGGUUGGGUUGAAGAGAGGGUUUGUGGGUCAAGUUCCUUUGCUUGGAAAUCCUUCAUGUCAAGUUGAUAUAUGA